AUCAAAAUACAAAUAUAUUUUACACUUUCUUUUUGCCGAAUUUUUCACUAUUUUCUAAGACCAAACCAUGGGUUGCGAUGGUGGAACGAUACCCAAGAGAUGCGAACUUGUUCGUGAAAAGAAAAAACCGGAAAAAGUCGAUAAAGAAAUCGAGUUAAAUGCCAAAUGGAAUCACUGCGCUAUCACACAACAAGAACUCUGUGAACCAAUUGUAUGUUGUGAACUCGGCAAUCUUUAUCGUAAGGAAUCUGUGUUGGAAUAUCUGUUGGAUAAAUCCAAAGCCACAACCGAUAUUGCAAAACAUAUCCGCAGCCUUAAAGAUGUUAAAGAACUGGUUUUGACCAAAAAGAUCUCGAAAGAACCAAGGGACGGGAAACCCAAUGGCCAUGCGGCAGAUUCCUACCUUGAUUUCCAGGCAUCCAACUUUAUCUGUCCUGUUUCUGGUCUGGAAAUGAAUGGCCGCUACCGUUUCUGUUUUUCCUGGAAAUGCGGAUGUGUGUUCUCAGAACGUGGACUUAAGGAGGUGCCUUCUACCACAUGUCACAGUUGUGGAACACCUUUCAUGGAAGAAGAUUUGGUUAUUAUCAAUGGAGAUGAGCAAGAUCUUACAAAGAUGAAGGAGAGAAUGCUUGAACGCCACCAAAAAGCAAAGGAGGAGAAGAAAGCAAAAAAGAUGAAGAGAGCAAAUGGCCAAUCCUUAGAUGCUUCUAAAGAUUCUAAGAAAUUGAAAAUUGAUACACCAACACCAGUUUCCCAAAUUGAAUCAAAUAGUUUGAGAUCUGAGUCAACCAUGAAACAACCAAAAUCUAAACCCAAGAUAUCAUCAUCAACAAUUACCAAACCACAAAGUUCCUCAAAUGGAGACACUCAUGCUUACUCAAAAUAUAAAUCUGUUGCUGAGAAUCCUGAUGCAAGCAAAGUGUUCAAGUCAUUAUUCAGUUCCAGUCAUAAAGAAAAACCUGGACAAUCUAAGGCACAUUGGGUCACAUAUCAAUCAUAUCACUGCUAAAGAACUUGUAUAUAUUGAGGGCAUACCAGAUACUAAUUAAACUGCUGUUAAAAACUAAUAAACUUUGUGUUGCUUAUUUAGAGGACUAGCCUAGUUUAUUACAUGUUAAAUAUUGAAAUAAAUAAGCUUGUUCGAGAAA